CAUCACUUCAGCAGCCCUUGGAUUGCCAACGGUACUACCGCAGCAACCAUGUUCCGCCUCUGCGUCGUCCUCGCCCUGGCCUCCAGCGCUCUUGCUGGAUUCAUCAACGGCGGCCACAGCCUCGCUGGUGGCGUUGGUCUCGGCAGUGGCGUUGGUCUCGCCAGCUAUGGUCUUAGCCACGGAAUCGGCUACUCCGGCCUCACCGGCUUUGGUCUUGGUCACGGACUUGCCUAUGGACCAGCCGCCAGCUAUUCCGUUGCCGCUCCAGCUGUUUCUGGCGUCGUAUCUACUUACCAUGCUGCUCCAGCCGUGACCGCGGUCCACGCCGCCCCAGCUGUCACUGCUGUCCACGCUGCCCCAGCUGUCGCUACUGUCCACGCUGCUCCAGCUGUCGCUACCUACGCCGCUGCUCCAGCCGUCUCCCGCGUGACCACCUACCAGUCCGCCCCACUUGUUGCCGCCGCCCCAGCCGUCGCCACCGUUGCUGCUGCUCCAGCUGUCUCCCGCGUGACCACCUACCAGUCCGCUCCAGUCGUUGCUGCUGCUCCAGCUGUCUCCCGCGUGACCACCUACCAGUCCGCCCCACUUGUUGCCGCCGCCCCAGCCGUCGCCACCGUUGCUGCUGCUCCAGCUGUCUCCCGCGUGACCACCUACCAGUCCGCUCCAGUCGUUGCUGCUGCUCCAGCUGUCUCCCGCGUGACCACCUACCAGGCCGCUCCAGUUGUUGCUGCUGCCCCAGCUGUUUCCCAGGUCACCUAUCAGGCUGCCCCAGCUGUGGCUAAGGUCUACCAGGCCGCUCCAGUGGUCGCUGCUGCCCCUGCUGUGUCACGUGUCACCUACCAGUCUGCUCCAGCGGUCGCUACCUUUGCUGCUCCAGCCGUGACUAAGGUCUACCAGUCCGCCCCAGUUGUUGCCGCUGCUCCAGCUGUCUCCCGCGUGACCUACCAGGCCGCCCCAGCUGUUGCUACUGUUGCCGCUGCUCCAGCUAUCACCCGCGUUGCUACCAUCCAGUCUGCUCCAGCUAUCGCCACCUACGCCGCCCCAGCCGUCACUAAGGUCGUCCAGUCUGCUCCAGUCGUGGCUGCUGCCCCAGCUGUCGCAACCGUCGCCCACGCUGCUCCAGUCGCCACCUUCGCCGCUGCCCCAGCUGUUGCUACUGUUCACGCUGCCCCAGCUGUCGCUACUGUUCACGCCGCACCAGCUGUUGCCACCACCACUGUCCACCACGCCCCAGCGGUCGCUACUGUCGCCCAUGCUGCCCCAGCCUUCGCUGCCUACCAUGCCACUCCAGUCUACGGAUAUGGUGUUGGAGGCCUCGGCUACGGCGCUGGCCACUACGGUCUCGGCCACGGCAUUGGUGUCUACGGCCUGAACUACGGCUAUGGUCUCGGCACUCCCUUCGACUACACCGCUCUCCUCCGCAGGAAGAAGUAAAUCGUUCAUUUCUUCUGAGGACAUCGUACGUCGAAACCACGAAAAAGAUUUUUCUGAGCUUGUGCUCAGUUGUGAAUAGUGUGAAAUACCGUUUCCAAAUAAAUGGUUUCAGUUGUACAAAGAA